AUGUCUCUUACGGGCAAAGUCAUUCUCAUCACCGGAGCUUCAGCCGGGAUAGGGAAGGCCGUGGCACAGCGCGUGGCUAAGAACGGCGCCAGCGUUAUCAUCAACUACCUACGAGAUGCCACUUCGGCAAAUGCCUUAGUCGACGAGAUCGGCUCAGACCGAGCUCUCGCCGUGCAAGCCGACGUUUCGAAAACCGACGAUAUCCGCCGUUUAGUCGAGACGACAGUUGCGAAGUUCGGACACAUCGACGUGGUCAUUCCGAAUGCCGGCGUCCUCCCCAUGAAAGACCUCGAUAGCACCACGGAAACCGAUUUCGAUGCCGCGUUCGCGCUCAACGUGAAGGGACCGUACUUCCUGGCCCAGGAAGCAGCGCGUCAUAUGCCUGCGGGAGGUCGCAUCAUCUUCGUCUCGACAGCCGUUACAUCUUUCUCCGCAGCGGCGCCUCCUUACCUCCUGUACGCGGCCACAAAGGGCGCAAUCGAGCAAAUGACGAGACUCGCGGCUAAAGAUCUCGGGCGGAAUGGGAUCAUGGUCAAUGCCGUGGCCCCCGGGCCGACGCAGACCGAAUUGUUUCUGAAGGGGAAGUCAGAGGAGACAUUGCGACUAGUGGCUAGCGCAAAUCCGUUCAAGCGUGUUGCUGUGCCGGAGGAGAUCACGGGGGCCUUCAAUUUCCUUUGCGGACCCGACAGCUCUUGGAUUUCGGGGGAAGUGAUUCGGGUGGAUGGCGCGAUGGCACUGCAUUGA